GAGGGCGGUAGAAAGGGGGCCACCCACUGCCUGGAGCCCCCGCCCUGCGGGUGUCUCGCACGCAUUCCGUGUGUGUGAGUGUGUGGGUCUGUCUCGCGCCUAAAGUGCGUGCCCGCGCGCUCCCCCGCGCGCCCCCCCUCCCCUCGCCCCCUUCGGUCCUCCCACCCCAAUCGGCUCCCGCCUCUCCCAGCCGACGCCGCCCCUCCCGCGCUCUGGCGCCGCCGCUGCCGUCGCCGCUGGAAAGUUCAGGAGCCCUGGAAAGGAGAAAGAAUAAAACAACAGGAGGAAGAGAGAGAGAGGGUAGAAUGGAAGAAUCUCACUUCAAUUCUAACCCAUACUUCUGGCCUUCUAUCCCCACAGUCUCAGGACAGAUUGAGAACACGAUGUUCAUCAACAAGAUGAAGGAUCAGCUGUUGCCAGAGAAGGGCUGUGGGCUGGCUCCACCCCACUACCCCACCUUGUUGACAGUGCCUGCCUCAGUGUCCCUGCCCUCAGGCAUCAGUAUGGACACAGAGUCAAAGUCAGACCAGCUGACCCCACAUAGCCAGGCAUCCGUUACCCAGAAUAUCACGGUGGUCCCUGUGCCGUCUACAGGAUUAAUGACUGCUGGUCCUGGUUUGGUAAUCACGUCCCCCUCAGGCUCCCUUGUGACCACAGCCUCAUCAGCUCAGACCUUCCCCAUUUCGGCUCCCAUGAUUGUCUCAGCUCUUCCCCCUGGCUCACAAGCCCUGCAGGUGGUCCCUGACCUCUCCAAGAAGGUAUCAUCAACCCUAACAGAGGAAGGAGGCGGCGGUGGAGGUGGAGGUGGCAGUGUGGCUCCAAAGCCCCACCGGGGCCGAAAGAAGAAGCGGAUGUUGGAAUCAGGGUUGCCCGAGAUGAACGACCCUUAUGUCCUCUCCCCUGAGGAUGAUGAUGACCAUCAGAAAGACGGCAAGACCUAUAGGAGCGAAGGGAACUGCGGCACAGGAAAUGGACAGAGCCUUGGGCUCAUGGAUUCAGUUCCCGGCUCCACCACGAACUUGCUGUGUGACCCUGGGUGCCGGAUGUGCUCACUGACAUUCUACUCAAAGUCGGAGAUGCAGAUCCACUCCAAGUCACACACCGAGACCAAGCCCCACAAGUGCCCACAUUGUUCCAAGACCUUCGCCAACAGCUCCUACCUGGCCCAGCACAUCCGUAUCCACUCAGGGGCUAAACCCUACAGUUGUAACUUCUGUGAGAAAUCCUUCCGCCAGCUAUCUCACCUCCAGCAGCACACCCGGAUCCACUCUAAGAUGCACACGGAGACCAUCAAGCCCCACAAGUGCCCGCACUGCUCCAAGAGCUUCGCCAACACCUCCUACCUGGCUCAGCACCUCCGUAUCCACUCGGGGGCCAAGCCCUACAACUGUUCCUACUGCCAGAAGGCCUUCCGCCAGCUCUCCCACCUCCAGCAGCACACACGAAUCCACACCGGUGACAGACCAUACAAAUGUGUACACCCAGGCUGUGAGAAAGCCUUCACACAGCUCUCCAAUCUGCAGUCCCACAGACGGCAGCACAACAAAGAUAAACCCUUCAAGUGCCACAACUGUCAUCGGGCGUACACAGACGCAGCCUCACUAGAGGUGCACCUAUCUACGCAUACAGUGAAGCAUGCCAAGGUGUACACCUGUACUAUCUGUAGUCGGGCAUAUACGUCGGAAACGUACCUUAUGAAACAUAUGCGCAAACACAACCCUCCUGAUCUCCAGCAACAAGUGCAGGCAGCGGCAGCAGCGGCAGCAGUGGCCCAGGCCCAGGCCCAGGCCCAGGCCCAAGCUCAGGCUCAAGCUCAGGCUCAAGCCCAAGCCCAAGCCCAAGCCCAGGCUCAAGCCCAAGCCCAAGCCCAGGCUUCCCAGGCAUCGCAACAGCAGCAGCAGCAGCAACCACAGCCACCACACUUCCAGUCCCCUGGGGCAGCCCCCCAGGGUGGGGGUGGUGGGGACAGCAACCCCAACCCUCCACCCCAGUGUUCUUUUGACCUGACCCCCUAUAAGACGGCGGAGCAUCAUAAGGACAUCUGCCUCACUGUCACCACCAGCACCAUCCAGGUGGAGCACCUGGCCAGCUCAUAGAGACCUGUGCUGCCACCCCACUGGGAAAAGGGAGAAGAAGUUCUGGUCUCCUCUAACUUCUCUUGGUGGGAAACGUCUUCUUCCUUGACAGGCCUUGGCUCCCUCUCCUUGGGCCUCAGGCACAGCCUUCCUUCACAGGAUACCAUCCUUAUUUUCAACUCCUCUUCAAAGGGAUUAUCAGCCCUCCUGAUUGGCAAAGGAACACUGAGCUGGUAGUGUAAUCCAGCAGCCUCCCUCCUAAGCAUAGCUUUUAAAAAUUGGGAGUUGGUGCUCAAGGGGGGGAUUUGCUAUAACCUCAUAGAAACGUUUCCAUUAUGGGCACUCACUCUCCCCUUACCCUCAUAAUCGUCAAAGUUGAGGCGGAUAGAAGACUAGAGGCUGGCCCUCCCGGAUACCAGAGAGAAGAAAGCCCUAAAUGCAACCAGCCUCCUGAUCCAAUCUUGCCUGUGUAAGAACAGAAGUUUCUCAUGUGCCCUGACCACUGGGAGCCAUUUCCCCCUCAUGGUUUCACUUCAGUUCCUACCGAAUGCUGGAGGAAGGAGAUGUGGGUGGGGGUCAGACUCCCUUUAUUUGUAAAGGGGCAUGAGCUGAGAUGUGGUCCCCAAGGGGCCGGUGAUCCCAAAUGGUCGAGCGUGGCUUAGAAAUGUGGGAUAUGGUUUUCUUUGGAGCUUCUCCCCUUCUCUGCCAACCAAGGCCCUAUACUCAGCCUCCCCAUCCCAAAACUUAAGGAGCUGUGGGAGCUUUGUGAAAUCCCAAACAAAGGAGUGUUGCACAGAAGGGAAAGUUCAGGGCAAACACAAGGACUGGACUUAGCUUCCUAGGUGCCACGGUCAGUUGCUGGACACGGAUUUAUAUAUAAAUAUAUAUAUAUAAGUAUAUAUAUACCCACUCAUCACGGCCAUUUUUGUUGUAACCAUUUCUGUGUUUAUAAAUGCAUUAUCGCUGAGAA